CUCACACGUUUCAUAUUCUCCCCGGUUGUUGCAGGCAUCCGCAGCGUGCCAGCGUGCGACUGGUUUGAAGUAGCCUACUACAGAGCGAGAGGGAAAAAGAAAGAGAGAGAGAAAGAGCAUGAGAGAGAGGGAGAAAAAAGAGAGAGAGAGGUUGAGGUAGAGAGAGAGAGAACGGCCAGCCUCCCCGCGCCUAGCUGAGCUGAGCCGAGCCAGCUUCACGCACAUAGGAGCGCAUCUGUUUGGGAUCAGCAGUUUCUGCUAAGCUCAGUCAGUUGUAACCGAGAGUCAACAGGAGAGGGAAGUGGGAGAGAAGUUUUUGUGUGGACUUUUUGAGUUCCCAGACACGGAACGCAUUUGUUUUGUGACCAAUUUGUUGUUUACGCGCCCGAAUGGACGGACGGGAUGGUUUUUCUGUGAUCGGGAAAAACAGAUGAACAGAAAAGCUUUUUUUCUCCGCCUCUCAAAGUAAUUUGAAUGCUAUUGAGGCUGGAUGUAAGCAAACGUCGUUUUGCUUGGAAAACUUAAGGUCUACCCUGCUGGCUUGGAGGCGCUGUUUGUGCGUUCUGUAUUCGAGGAUCUAUUUGGCUCGCUUAUUGUAAUUGCUCAGUUUUUCACUACUGAAUCACAUUUGCGUCAUGACUUCUAGCUAUGCACAUGUAAUGGACAGGCAAGCAACGAUAUCAAACCGCCUGGAGAGCCCGAUUACUUCUAAUCUGGAAAACCUGCAAGCAAAAAAGAACUUCUCGGUCAGCCACUUGUUGGAUCUGGAAGAGGCCGGGGAAAUGGUUGGGACCCAAGCGGACGAGAGUGUUGGCGAGGCGGGGAGGAGUAUGCUGGAGUCCCCGGGACUGACCAGCGGGAGCGACACCACUCAGCAGGAGAACGAGCAGCUGAACGCGGAGGAGAAGAAGAAGCGGAAACAGAGGAGGAACAGGACCACGUUCAACAGCAGCCAGCUGCAGGCUCUGGAGAGGGUGUUCGAGAGGACGCACUACCCCGACGCCUUCGUCAGGGAGGACCUGGCGCGCAGGGUCAACCUCACCGAGGCCCGGGUGCAGGUGUGGUUCCAGAACAGGAGGGCAAAGUUUCGCAGGAACGAACGUGCCAUGCUGGCUAGCAAGAACGCUUCUCUCCUCAAGUCGUACUCCGGCGACGUCACGGCUGUGGAGCAGCCCAUCGUCCCGCGCCCUGCGCCGCGCCCAAACGACUACCUUUCCUGGGGCAGCGCUGCUCCUUACAGUGCCAUGGCAACCUACCCUCCCACAUGUUCCAACACCAAUACCUCCCAGGGAAUGAACAUGGCCAACAGCAUCGCCAACCUGAGGCUUAAAGCCAAGGAGUACAGCUUAAACCAGGUGCCCACGGUCAACUGAGGGGGGAGAGAGGCGGGGGAGAGAGAGAGAGAGAGAGCGGGGGAGGGAGACUGCAGUGGUGGGGCUGAGAUGGGAGAGGGGCUCUCUCUCUCUAACGUACAACAUCCCCCCUCCCCCUCCUCCUCCCCUCUGUGACUUCCUGGGGAUGAUCAACAUCCGAUUUCCCCGCCACGGAAUUUGAGCUUGACGUCUCACUGGUCCUGAACUCCACCUCUCUCUCUCUCGACGAACGUGCUUCCUAUACGCAAACCUGUAGCACCCGACGGAUACAGAGAAGCAAGACCUCCCCCCCGGGGUCUCCUCCCCCCCGGGGUCUCCUCCCCCCCGGGGUCUCCUCCCCCCCUGAGCACCGCUGAUCACUGUACUGACGAGAAAGACACGGAGACGGGGACAUUUUAGCCGGCUAGAUGAGUAGUGUUGCCUUUUUCGAUUUUCGGUACGGACUCGAUGGAGGGCUAGCUUCCAAAACAUUCCACGGAGAGGCGUCCUCCGAUCUUGACUCUCUGUGUUUGCCCACCGUGCCCCAGUUCAGCGUGCUCAAGACCCCCCUGUGAGGACUACUGGGGACUCAAUAGCUUCUCUGGGCCACGCUCUGGAUAGGAUUAUAACACCAGACAGGGACCACCAACUCUCCAAUCGACAAUGAAGAUAUGGACGUUCUAUUCAGUGUUAGUUGGAGUGUUGAAACCUAUGAAUCCUUGCAACAAAGACCCAUAUUUGAUUAACACUAUUUAGGUGGAUCAACGUAUUAUAAAUAGACUGGUUUUGGUAUUAUUCGCAAAGUAUUAUGUCUUUAUUGAUGUUUUGGGAUGUUACAGUAUAAAGAUGAUUACAAUAUAUAAAAUAAAAAAUGCUGAAAAGAGACAGCAAACACACAUGGCUCCUGGUUGCAAGGGUUCAUCCAUACAUUUGUAGUAAUUUUGUUUUCACAUUUUUCUUUCCAUUUUAUACCACUGACAAGCAAACAUUUUCAACGCAUUUUGAUUCAUGUAAUGGUCUGAACCUGAGACCAUAGACUAUCUUCAUUUCCUAUAAUAUCCUUUAUUUGUAACAGAAAACCUUGUAUAUUAAUAAAAUGCAUUUCAAGCAA